AUGGCUCCUCGCAGAGCUACCCAGAAAGCUGUCCAGGUUGCUCAAAUCUUGGAUGAAUGCAUCAUUGCAACAUCAGGCAAGUUCGCAGGAACUACGCAAGCAGCAGUCCAGGCACGCAUCAAGACACUGGGAGCGACGGUGGCUCCAAGCGUCACUGCUGAUACAACCCUCCUCAUUGCCACUGACAAAGAUUUUGAGAGCAACUCGGUCAAGGUCAAAGCGGCUAGGGCUCACCAUAUCCCAAUUGUCUCGCUUUCAUGGCUAGAGGAGUGCGAAUCUACAGAUUCAAAGGUCGACGAGACACAACAUCGUCUAGACACUUCAUCCAGUCCGGCGCCUGCUCCUGCCCAGAAUCAGGCUAAUGGAUCCAACAAACGUGCCGCCUCAUCUGAUCCCUCGUCUGCAACCCAACAGACUACUUCUCAAUCCAAAAAGCCCAAAAUUGCUGAAGAGGCCAAAAUAGGCGACGGCCAGAACGCAAAAUCGAAGAAGAUCGCCAUUUCUAUCGACGAGUUUUGCCCACUAGCCAAUUAUCAAGUCUAUAUCGACGACAAUGGAACUAUUUGGGAUGCUUCUCUGAAUCAGACUAAUUCUUCUGCAAACAACAACAAGUUUUACAAGACAUUGACCAACGGCUCCGACUUCAAGACAUGGACGCGAUGGGGCAGAGUUGGCGAGCGUGGCCAAAGUGCCAUGCUCGGUAGCGGUGGCGUAGGCGAUGCGCUUCAGCAAUUUCAGAAGAAAUUCAAAGAUAAGUCAGGUCUCAAAUGGGAAGAUCGAGGCGAGAAUCCCAAGGCGGGCAAGUACUCAUAUGUCGAGCGAUCUUACAAUCCAGACUCGGAUAAUGACGACGAGGACGACCAUAAUGCUGGCAGUGAUGGUGCCAAUGGGGAGGUCAAAGCUGAAGUCAAAGCUGCCGAGUGUACACUCGACGCUCCCACUCAGGAUCUCAUGAAGUUGAUCUUCAAUCUACAGUAUUUUGACGCCACGAUGGCUGCCCUCAACUAUGAUGCAAACAAACUUCCACUCGGCAAGUUGAGCAAAGGCACCAUUGCUCGGGGGUUUCAGGCACUCAAAGACCUAUCCACACUGCUGGACAACACUGAUACCGAGUCACGAAACGAGGUGGAGCGUCUUUCUAAUCAAUACUUCUCUGUAAUUCCUCAUGCUUUCGGUCGCAAUCGACCACCUGUUAUUCGCGACUCCGCCUCUCUCAAGAAGGAGAUUGAAUUACUCGAGAGUCUGUCAGACAUGAAGGAGGCUGCAGCGAUGCUCAAGAGUCAGCUGAAGGAUGAUAGUGGCGUCCAUCAACUCGACAAGCAGUUCCGCGGCCUUAACAUGAAUGAGAUGACAGCACUUGACCCCAAGAGUGAGGAAUUCACUGAGCUCGACGCUUACUUGAACAAUUCCAAGGGAUCGACACAUCACAUGACCUAUGCCGUUCAGGACAUUUUCCGUAUUGAACGCAACGGCGAGUUUGAACGCUUCGAUAAGAGCCCAUAUUCGAAGAUGGAUAGCGAUCGCCGUCUGCUCUGGCAUGGAUCUCGAGUCACGAAUUUUGGCGGUAUUCUCGGUCAAGGUCUCCGUAUUGCUCCGCCCGAGGCGCCCGUCUCAGGCUACAUGUUUGGCAAGGGUAUCUAUCUUGCAGACAUGUCGUCCAAGUCGGCCAACUACUGCUGCGCUUACAACUCUGGGGGCACAGCACUGUUGCUUUUGUGUGAAGCCGAGUUGGGCAGGCCAAUGUACGAAUUGACCCAGGCAUCGUACUCUGCUGGCGAGGAGGCCAAGGCGAAAGGUUCUGUGAGUACGUGGGGCAAGGGUCAAACAGGCCCAAGCAAGUGGAAAGAUGCAGGCUGUGUGAAUCCGGCGCUCUCCGGGUGUAAGAUGCCAGAUGUAACGACACCUCCGGGUCCUACAAAGGUCAAAGAUGCUUACCUUAUGUACAACGAGUACAUCGCUUAUGAUGUUGCGCAAGUUCGUCUACGAUAUCUUCUUCGCGUUCGCAUCUCUGCCGGUGUAAGAUGUCUGGGGCCGUGUAUGUGGUCGGUCUUGGUCAGGGGGAUCUCACAACAUAUCCAUGGUGUUGCAACCGCGAUUAGUGGAUACACCGGUCAAGCUGUGGCCUAUCAACCUUGGCCACCACCGCCACUAACACGCCUUUGCACUGUGGCAUCCUACGUGACACGGGUCCUGGUGCAUGUCGCUUGGUCCAAGGAGCACCUGUGGCAAGCUGCUAGUGAGCGUACGGACAUGUUGAAACGGUACCUACUUGGAGACUUGCAGCAGGCUCCUGUCCGGACGUGGGCAAAUGCGGGGUCGAGUACCAUGUCGAUCCAACGAACCGCCGAUGUUCGAUGCAGUAGAAGCUGCAGGAUGAAUGGUUUUGAUGUGUCUGGUCUGGCCCAGCGCCUGGAAUGGGAGGACAAGGAGUACUGGCUCCAUCUGGAGGCUGACAGUCCUCUCGAGAAGUACCCAGCUAAACAACAUGCGCGCAAAGUCCAGGAAAAGCUGGGUGAGGAUAGGGGCUUGAUCUAUCUACCCGGCCAGGCGGCCAAGAACAACGAGGACAGCGACAUGCCUGCGCCAUUUCGACAAUUGCGCUACUUCUACUAUCUGAGCGGAUGCAACGAGCCUGACUGUCACCUGACCUACGACCUCCGACGAGACACUUUGACUCUAUUCAUCCCACGCAUCGACCCAAAGCGCGUCAUCUGGAAUGGCCGUGGCUCCAACCCAGUAGAGGCACUGGCCAGAUAUGAUAUCCACGCAGCAUAUUUCAUCGAUCAAUUGCCAACCUAUCUCAAGACCUGGGCAGACCAUCCAAGGAACCAGGGCGCCAAGAUUUAUGCUCUCCACCCAUCGCAAAUUCCGAGCUCUCCUGUGCGGGUGUCUUGUAUGGACACAACAGCCCUCAUGCCCGCUAUGGACAUGUGUCGCAUGAUCAAGGAUGACCACGAAAUACAGCUCAUCCGAAAGGCAAACGACAUCAGCUCCCAGGCGCACAGAGGGGUUCUAGCCAACAUCUUGAAGUUCAAGAACGAAGCUCAAGUCGAGGGUCUCUUUGUGGACAUGUGCAUUUCGAAGCAAGCAAAGGAGCAAGCAUAUGAUCCCAUUGCCGCUUCAGGGCCUAAUGCGGGCACCCUACACUACGAUGCAAACAAUGAGGACUUUGAAGACCGCCAGCUGAUGUGUCUGGAUGCAGGAUGUGAGUAUGAGCUCUAUGCUAGUGAUAUAACACGCACAUUCCCUCUUGCACCGUCUUGGCCUACACAAGAAGCUGAAAACAUCUAUAAGCUCGUUGAGCGGAUGCAGGAGGCUUGUAUUGAGCGGCUAGCUCCAGGCGUGAGAUAUCUUGAUCUGCAUAUUCGCGCACAUCAGAUAGCAAUUGAUGGCCUCCUGCAGCUCGGCAUCUUCCACAAUGGAACCAGAGAAGAAAUUUACAAAGCGGGGACUAGUAGAGCGUUUUUCCCCCAUGGCCUUGGACAUCACAUAGGUUUGGAGGUGCACGAUGUUGGCCAAGCUGAUCUAAUGAGCGUCAGGAGAGGGAAGAUUGUCACCCAGCAGGCCCCUUCACUAUACCCGCAAGGUUUCCAUAUUCCAGUAUAUGAACCAAGCACUUGCCACGCACCCACAGAUCCACAAAGUAGCCAACUUGAAGCGGGAAUGGUCGUGACUGUCGAGCCUGGUAUUUAUUUUUCGGAUUAUGCACUUAAGCAAUUUUACCUCCCAUUGCCCGAACACGCCAAGUUCAUUAACGUAGAGGUCUUGGAGCGAUACAUGCCAGUGGGUGGGGUUCGCAUUGAAGAUGGCAUCCUCAUCACGUCGAGAGGGUAUGAGAACUUGACCACCGCGCCGAAAGGCGAAGCAAUGUUUGACAUUAUCCGUGGGAAGAUCACAGAUUACAAUGGGGAUCAAAGAAGGGUAUGUUCACCACGGAGGAGAAGUACCGAGAAUGCGAAGCCACUUCUACGCGCCCCAGGUUUGAAGAGUACGAUUGCAACACCCGUCCUAAGACCCCUUGCAAGAGCAGAGACUAUGCCUACAAGUUUUGGUCAGCAUGAUACCAUCGAUUUCGAGCCCCAUGCUGGUCCGUCGCUAUUUUCAAAUUUCAAGAGAUCCAUGACGACAGAUGACAGGGUCCGGGAAUGGCAGCGACAUCGCGACGAACCCAGGCACUCUGUUACUGUCGUGAGUGGGCCCGUUACAGUCUGCGGACAAGCAACGCCAAAUGUCCAGCACACAUACAUGACCAAUGCGAGUGAUCUUGCCGAACUAUCCAGUCCUGUCCCGCUACCCACGGACGGUGAAAAGUGCAAAGAUUGUGCUUUACUCGUCCAGACGCUCGAUCGGCUGCGUCGAAACUUACAAUCACCAAAAGCAACGCCGCCUAAGCAAGUGGCAGAAGAUUCGUGGGCCAGGCACUGCAGAAGCGAAAAGGAGGCCACGCAACAACGCCUAGCACAGCGAGCGAAAGAGGAACAUUCUCCAUUGGACUUCCGAGGUAGUUCAUUGCUUUCCAAGAACGAAUUUGUAGCGGAACCAACACAUAUGGCCCAACCCACCACCCUCUUCAGAACGUCCCCAUAUAGCCACAAGUCCGCUCCCAACAUCUCAAAAGAACCACCGGCCGCUCCAUCACCACGCGCCUUCACAUCUACCCCCCCUACCAAAACACAAUACCCACCCUCCCACUCUUCCUCCCCACCCCUCCCAUCAGACAUCAAGCACCUAGAGACAUACAUGCGGGACCUACACCUAACCCACCCAAUACCUGCCCCAGCCCCACAAACCAUAAAUCCCCUCCGCGCCCCCCACACCAGCGCCUUCCUACCCCCCAAAGACCAACACGAACAAUCCGCUGUACAUCUAGGCCUUUCCGUGAGUCCGCAAGAUCGCGAGCGUGCGUGGUUCGAGCAUAAGCGCAUAGAUCGGGAUCGCAGUAAUAGGGAUCCAGCGGGCUGGGGUAUACACACGGACGAUUUGAAGAGGUGGAAUGGGCUUUGA